AUGAGUUCUCAUGAGCUCAGCACUGUUGCGUAUGAGAAAGCAAUGAAUACACAGCUCAUGACUGAGCAUGAAGUGGUACGAAGCCAAGCCAUUGCUGCAGAAGUGGUCCCAAAUGAAUCUUCCAGUAAGCCAGAUAGUGUGGCGAGUAAAGCUCACGGCUAUGUAGAUACAACUCAAGUCUUUGUUCCCCAACAAGUUGUUACCCCAAAUGCAUCAGGGCUGUCAAAAAGUCAGCAUAGUGAAUUAAUCUCAAGGGCUGAGACACAGCCAGAACAUACCUCACUGCAACAAGGUAUUGACUGCCAGGCGCAGAAGCCCAACUCCCCAAUACCAUCUUGGAGUCAGGUUCUUAAAUCUGGUUUGGAUGGAGAAGCUUCAAAGACCUUCAACGGAACCCAAAUUGCAGUCGGCGAUAAUGAGUCCACGUGUCCUAAGAUGGUGACAAAAACCAUUUGGAAACCCAAACAUUCCCAAAAGGAAUCUCAUCCUCUUGUUGCUGGCAAUGGCAAGGAAAUCAUAUCCAAUGAGAUGGAACCAACAACGAAGAUGGUCAUGUCAAAAGAGAAACCCCCAUUAGAUCCUGGAUGUAGCAGCAACAGUGAAAUUGGUGCUGCUAUACUCAGACAGCCCAUUCAUAGACUACAGGAUGAAACUCAGGUGACAUCCAUCUCACCUGUGGAAGUGCAGGUCCCAGUUCAGCUGUCUAUACCUACUACAUCUUCAAACAGAUUUGAGAGGUUGGAAAUUGAGGGAGGUAAUUUGGUGGUGGAUUUAGACUAUGCUGCAACUAGUUGUGAUCAUAACCAUGGGGAGGCAAAUUUAGGGAACUUGUUAGAAUAUAAUUUCUAUGCCGACACGUGGCAAUAA